GAGCGACGCCGCACAAAUAAUCUCUGCCUGCAAAAGCAACUAAAGCACAACGCUCCUGCAGGCCAUCCUGAGACUAAAUCAAAUACAACAAUUUAUGAGCAAUAAUAAUUAUCGAUAUUUGAUCUGAGCCUUUGAACAAUGAACAAAGACCUUUACUUUUUCAUCCUACCUAAAUGCAUAUUCCAAUUCUCAUCCUAAUUAAAUUUACCAUUUAACACUAUGGGUUAACUAAUAAAAAUACAUGAAUUUUUUUCUAUUUUCCCAGUGGCUAUAAGAGCCACGACAAAACAAUAUGAAAUUAUAACCACCAGCAAGAGCCCCUGCGUCGCUCUCCCCCAGAGGCGACUCGGGUGGCGAACCUAGCCGCCCCCUCCUCCCCCCGACCACCUUCCUCCUCCGCCUCGCCGCCACCACAAGGACAGCGGCGGCGGGGCUUCACGCCUCUUCCUACGCUGGCGGCCAAGGGAACCUCCGGUGGGUGGCGAUGGCGACCGCCAGAUCCGCCCCGCCGUGGCCGGAUCUGGCGGGGUGGCGGCUGACGGCGGGGGUGGAGACGGCGAUGGUAGGGGCGAGGGGGUGUGGGCGACGGUGGUCGGAAUGGCGACGAUGGAGGCGGCGGCGGGGAUGGCGACGACGGUGGGGUUGGCAACGGCGAUGGAUUGGCGUCAGGGUGGCGGAUCCGGCAGCGCCGGAGGUGGUUCCGGCGACCGGAGGCGGAUCUGGCCCCCCGGCGGCCAGAUCGAGCGAGGACUGUCGCGGCGGCAGUUCGGAGCUUGCGGGACGGCGGCGCGGACCUCACGGCGAUGGCAGCGCGGAGCCCACGGCCCGGGCGGCGGCAGCAAGUGCCCGACGGCGGUUGGUGGUUGCAGUACGUCGGCAGCUGGCUGGUGGCGUCGGCAGGUGGCCGACGACAUCAGUGGCGGGAGUUGCGGCCGGCAGUGGUGGUGACCGGGCAAGGUGGCCGUGGCGCGAGGAGGCGCGGUACUGGUGGUAGGCCGGCGAGGUUGCCGUUGCGACGCGGUCGAUGGAGGUAGAGGACGACGCUGCGUGAGGUGACAAGGCGUGACCGGUGGCGGCUUGCGGAGACUGGUCGGCAGGGGGGCGGGUGCAGUGAUGCCCACGUGUCGGCAGAGGUUUAGCUGGCGGUGGAGUAUUGGGGUGUCAACGGUGGAUAGGCAGGCGGUGGAUGGCGGGUGAAAACCCAGCCCGACCUCGCUGGGCCGGCAACGGUGGCGCGCGAGCGUCAUUCCCCUCUUGAGGGCGUUGUCGUGCCGUCUCACCUCCUCUAGUGGUGUUGCCGGGCGAAAGCCCAGUCGAGGUUCUUCUGACCUCGACGGUCGGCGGCGGCGGUUCUUUCGUUGCUUCUCUCCCUAGAGACGUUGGCUUGGCAGCACCCUUGUCGAAACCUCCCAAUCAACUGCUACAAGUUCGUUCUAGAGUCUCUUCCUCUUGUAUCAGCGUCCUAGUUUGUACAAGUUGGCCACGUCGGGGGGCCUAGGGGGGAGAGCGGUUCCAUCUUCUCUCUCACCCUCUCUCCCUGAAUCCCUGAGAUGUGGAUAGAGCGGGGUUUUGUGUCGGUUGUAUAGAUUGUUUUGGGCGAUCCCAGUUGUAGCUCCUUUGUUGGCCUUGCGGUGGGCGGUCACGCUUAGCGGUGGCCGGUCCGGUGCAGGCCUUCUCCUGGGUGAGUGCUUGGUGUUGUCGGUGUGUGGGAGGUGGUAUACCUUUUCUUUUCAUGGUUACGGCCUCCCAGGGUUGUAUCCUUGUAUUUUUUUCUGCUCUAUCAAUAUGAACUUCACACUGUCUUAUGCGAGUCGUUAAAAAAAAAACCACCAGCAAAAUAUGCAAGCUAUAUUCUUUCAA